AUGUCAGCGCCUCGAGUUUUGGUUAUUGGUGCUGGAGUAGGCGGCUUGGCGCUUGCUCAAGGCCUUAAACAGAGUCAAAUUGAUGUUGCCGUCUUUGAACGUGAUACCUUACUAGAUUCGCGACUUCAAGGCUACCGACUCAAGAUAUUUGGCGAAUUUCAAAAGAAAUUGCGAGAUCUUCUGUCUGAUGAAGCAUGGUCAGAGUUCGAGGCUUCUUGUGCCGAAACUAACCUCGGCGAAACAACUUUAAACUCAACGGAUGCGCAUAUUAUUGCGAGUCGUAAAGGGCAUCUCCCUGAUGGAGUACCUCUGCCUUAUACGAUCGACCGUGGAAUGCUGCGCCAGUCAAUGAUACGAGGAAUUGAAGACUCGGUGCAUUUUGGAAAGCGGUUCGUUGGGUAUGAGCUCACCGACACAGGUGUCCGCGUUGCCUUUGAAGAUGGUAGCGUUGAGGAAGGUACAUUGCUCGUCGGUGCUGAUGGAGCUCGCUCGGCGGUCCGUCGGCAAUUGCUUCCAGAGAUCAAACUUCUUGACACUGAGGGAUGCUGCAUUUAUGGUAAGACAUUUCUGACGCCAGAGUUUCUCUCACGCUUCCCAGAGAAACAUCGAAGAUGGAUGACGGUGGUACUUGAUCAGACCCCAGUGUUGCAGACGAUCAUCUCCGGCGAAGCACCCAUUACACUUGUCAGCGAGCAAGUUCGCUUCCUGAAGCGAAGCGAAAAUAACGCUUUGCCAGAGGACUACAUACACUGGGGAUUGCUUUUCCAGAGUACUACAUCUGGUUUGAAGGGGGAGGCGCUGGAGAAAUCAUUGCGAUCUGAAGCAUUUAAAAUGUCGCUACGCUUGACAAGUGAAUGGGAUCCUUCUCUCCGAAGUUUGCUGGAGCUCCAAGACCCUUCUCUGACGAUGGGAAUGCGAGUACUCUCCUCCAGUCCGAAUUUGCCAAGCUGGACGCCGUCCUCGAAAGUUACUGUAAUGGGAGAUGCGAUACAUGUUAUGUCGCCAGCAGGAGGGGUGGGUGCUGUGGCGACGCUACACGAUGCCGCCACUCUAGCUCGAAUAAUUAGCGAAGAUGGAAUCACUCAGACAUCAAUUGGCGAAUUUGAAGAAGAAAUGAGAAAAUUUGCAGCGGUUUGCCUAAAGAGGAGCUUUAUGGCAGGGGAAAAGCUUAUAAAAGCACCCUUGGCUGAGAAUUUACCCGGGUAUCUAUCACAAAACCGUCCAUCACUUCCUCCUUCAUCUUCAAUCAUGGGUCCAUCAGUUUGGAGAGUUCUUAUCGCCAGCAUAUUUUUCGGUCUUUUUACCGAUGUAUCGACAGCUACCGUCAAUACCUCCGGCCUUAAGUCCCUACUCUCAUCUCAAGCAACAAUUGUCAACAAUACUUCUGGAGCCCCACGGUGGAGUGACUUUGAUGCCCCAACUCCUGGCGCUGUGGUCAAUGUAGCCACCGAAAAUGAUGUAUUAGUUACUGUUCAAUACUGCAUAGCUCAGAACAUUACAUUUCUUGCCCAGAAUGGUGGCCACGGCUGGUCUACGACGCUUGAUUUACAUCAAAACGGUAUACUCAUAAACUUGGCCGGCAUCAAAGCUAUCUCUUUCAACUCUGCCAAAACAGAAAUCACAUUUCAAGGUGGUGCCUUGAUAUCCGAUGUGGUUGAUGCCGCGUAUCAAAACAGUGUUCUCGUUCCGACAGGUACUUGUAACUGCGUUGGCACAAUUGGAGCUGUCCUAGGCGGAGGCUUCGGCAACUUAAUAGGUGUCUAUGGAUUUGGAGUUGACAAUCUAAUCUCUAUGAAUGUUGUUACGGCUUCUGGAACCGCAAUCACUGUAUCCCCAACGAGCAACACUGACCUAUGGUGGGCUAUGCGUGGCGCUGGUCCUAAUUUUGGAAUUGUUACAUCCGCGGUGAUGAAAUCGUACCCCGUCACUCCCAGUCUGUUAGACGCAUGGACGGGCCCUUUGAUCUUCACUGGUGCCCAACUCGAGGCUCUCGUAGAAGCACUGAGCCAGCUGGACUUAAAAUCGGAGAUGAGCAUAGAAAUGUUUUUCCUGAUGUCUGACAACUCGCCUAUCAUAUUGGUGACAGUAUUCUACUACGGUACAGAAGCGGCCGGAAAAGCAGCGUUUGCUCCACUCUAUUCCGUCGGGCCCAUUGUGGACGAAACAGCUAUUUCACCCUAUAACGAAUGGAAUUCUGGCGGCGAUGCUUUCUGUGCAAAGGGUGACUUCAAACCUUCUUGGGGUGUUGGGCUCGCAGAGUUGGAUGUUCCCACAUGGACGUCCGUAUGGAACGAGUGGCUCACGUUCGCGCAAAUGCCAGGGGCAAACAACAGUGCAAUGAUAUUGGAUAUGUAUUCUCUAGGGACAGCUAGAAAGUUUUCGGACUUUUCAUCUGCUUACCCUUUUCGGUCAACCAUAACUUUCAAUGCUAUCGCUACAGCAUGGUACUCAGACCCUGCCCUAGACGCAGCCGCGGAAGUCUUUGGUAUAUUAACAAUGGCUUUGGCGACGAAAGCUUAG